CAGGCCCGGCCCACUGCAAGCCCUACGGGCUUCUUCCUCUUUUUACUUCCUCUCUCCUACCGCAGAAGAAGAGAAAACAUUGAAAAAGAAAAAGGGAGAGAAAUGGGUUUUGGAGCGCUGCGGAUCAUCCUACGCCCUUUAUCUCAAAAGGCCCACCUUACUCGCGCGGUGCUUUCCCAUUUUCCAUCCGUCGGGACAUCCCCUCUACCGUCCGAUGCGUCAUUCCGGUCUGUGCUCGGAUCCCUCCAGAACAACUCAAUCACGCCUCUUCCAUGGACGGUGAUGAUGAUGCGAUGGAACGGUCCCAGCAUGGGAAUCCACAGCUUAACGGAGACCCGAUUCCCCAAGCGUCGGCCAGGUGCCAAACCCAGAAGGAAAAGGGCCAGCCUCAAACCACCAGGCCCUUAUGCUUGGGUGCAGUAUGUACCUGGGGAGCCGAUCCCCAGAAGUCGACCUAAUGAAGGAAGUGUUCAAGGACGGAAUCGGAUAAAGCGGAUUAAACAACAUAAGGCAUUUAUAAAGUCGGAAGCAAAGAAGCGGAAAGCUCAAGUGCAAGAAGCCAAAAGGAAAAAGUACAUGAAGAGGAUAGAGCGUAAGAUGGCUGCAGUGGCAAGGGAAAGAGCUUGGGCUGAAAGAUUAGCAGAGCUGCAGAAACUUGAAGCUGAGGCAAAGAAGAAGACCGAGGCUUGAUAGUCCUCAAUGAGACUUAUGGUGUGAAAACCUGUCUGUGCAAUGGUAAUGCCGCUGAAUGAUAUGACACCGAUUGAACAUUUAAGCCAAUGGGGUUGGAAUGGGAAAGUGAAAAUUUUAUUGAGUUCAGAGAACAUAUGGAUGAA